AUGGCAAUCCUUACCAAAGCUAAAAGCAUAAAAAAUCAGCAAAUUCUACCGAGGAAAAGUUCACUGUACAAACUCAGUCCAUUCCUUGACGACAAUGGCGUAAUGCGAGUUCAUAGCCAAAUCGAUGUCUGUGAGUUUGUCGGCAAGAAAAGUGCCUUCCCGAUUGUGCUUCCACGUGACCAUCGUCUCACACAGCUGAUUUUGCUAGAAAGACAUGAAAGGUACCAUCAUCAAAAUCAUGAAACCUACAUAAAUGAAGUGCGAAAGCAAUACUACAUUCCUCGUUUACGUGUCCAGUGCGAAAAGGUCAGGCGUAAGUGUCAGCAAUGCAAAAUACGAAUGGCAAAACCUCAAACACCAGCUAUGGGGAACCUGCCUCCAGCACGACUUGCUGCCUUUGAAACUCCAGUGGAGAUUUUCAGUGAUCGUGGAACCAACUUUGUUGGAGCAAGCAAAGAACUCUCUGAUGCGCUAAAGACUGUCGAUAAGCAGAGGAUCAUGCUAGAGUUUACAUCGUCAACAACAUCAUGGAACUUCAAUCCUCCUGCAUCACCACAUAUGGGUGGUAGCUGGGAGAGACUUAUACAAUCUGUUAAAAAGAUUCUUGCAGAAAUCCAUCCUAAACGAUCGUUCACCGAUGAAGUGUUGAGGAAUACUUUAACUGAAAUAGAAAACAUCGUGAACAGUAGACCUCUAACAUACGUACCAGUAGACGAUGUAUCAUCACCAGCAUUAACUCCCAAUCAUUUUUUGCAGGGAUCAUCCAACGGCUCUAAACCACUGGUCCCCUACGAUGAUAGCGCGAUAGUUGUAAAACAUUCCUGGAAAACAUCACAAAUUCUAGCCAACUAUUUUUGGAGACGUUGGGUAAUGGAAUACUUACCGACCAUAACACGUAGAACAAAAUGGUUCCUUCCAGCGAAACCGAUAGGCGUCGGCGAUAUUGUGAUUGUUGUAGACCCUAAUAUGCCUAGAUCAUGUUGGCCAAAAGGAAGAGUGGUAGCGACAAAAAUAUCCAAAGAUGGUCAGGUUCGUUCAGCAACAGUACAAACAGUUUCAGGUUUAUACGAAAGACCAGCGGUAAAACUAGCUGUAUUAGAUAUCGGUGCAAAUAUAAACAAGUUGAACCAGAGCCCAACUUAG